UAUUUGGACGGCGCAUACAUAGCUAAAAACGAAGUACAGUGCAACGCCAUAAUUCACUAAUACAUCAUAAAUCGUUGAAAGUACCCGCGUUAUAACGACCAAGAGAAAUCUAACAAAUCAAGCGCCCCUUAGUACUCAACUAAGCCCGCAACUCUCUAAAACAACCUAAAUGAGCUCUUACUUUGUAAACUCGUUCUCGGGGCGCUACCCAAAUGGCCCCGACUAUCAACUGCUAAAUUAUGGAGCCAGCAGCGGCGCAAUGAACGGCGGGACGUACAGGGACUCUUCCUCCGCCACCAUGCACCAUGCGACGGGCUCUUACGGCUACACUUACAAUGGCAUGGACCUAACCGUCACUAACCGUGGAGGGGGAAGCAGCGGCGCCACCAAUACCGGAGGACACUUCGGGGGCAGCUCGGUAGCCGGGGACUCCCUGGGCUUCGGCUCCCCGGCCCCGGAGAGGGGCUUCAGACAGCCUUCAAGCUGCUCCCUCGCCUCUGCAGCAGACUCCCUCCUGUCACCUAGUAGUGUAGACACCAAGCUAGGCGCCCAGAGCUCGUCUCCCCGAUCGGAGCAACCAGGAAGAGGUAAUCUCAGCUCUCCAAACCUAUCUUCCACCUCCUCCGGCGGAGGUGGCGGCGGCGGCAGCAUGGCGCAGCGCUUCACGGAACUGGAGGACGCCUCGCCAGAGACCGAGGAGAUGCAGCACAACCGGGACGGCAGCAACCAGCCGCCCAGGAACGGGCACCCGCAACCCGUGCAGAAGCAGGAGAGCGGCCCGGCGGGAUCAGCCGCUGGCAGCACGACGGGCAGCGAGGCUCAGUCACCACAAAUAUUCCCCUGGAUGAGAAAGCUACACAUUAGCCAUGAUAUGACGGGCCCGGACGGGAAACGGGCGCGGACGGCUUACACGCGCUACCAGACUCUCGAGCUGGAGAAGGAGUUCCACUUCAACCGGUACCUCACGCGGCGGCGACGGAUCGAAAUCGCGCACGCGCUCUGCCUCACGGAGCGACAGAUCAAGAUCUGGUUCCAGAACCGGAGGAUGAAGUGGAAGAAGGACAACAAACUGAAAGGCAUGGGCCUGGCCACCGCCGGCAGCGCCUUUCAACCCUAGAAAUUAUUAUCAUUACCCAG